CGCACAGAUUUACAGAUUUCCAAAGAUGAAAGGAAACGUAAACCAAGGAUUCAGCGGGAAGCUGUACCAAAUCUGAGCCAUGCCGCCUCCUCCUCCUCGUUCUCCGAGGUUGGCUUUGGUCAAGAGGCAAUUUGAACGGGACCACUUCCAUGCCUCGGAGGAUUGGCUGUCGGCCUGUGUCGAGUGGUGCCAAUCUGAGGGUAUCCAAGAUGUCCCCACCUUACUGAGAGCUUGUCAGGAUCAAUGGUUGUCGACGGAUAUUCGCGCCGAGGGAAUCCAGGCCGUUCCCCCCAACCACCGUUUACCCAUUGAAAGCAUUCGACGGGAAUUGAAGACGGUCAUUCCCUCGGGAUAUUACACGUUUCAAGUCGUACAGGCGGUGGACGUGGGUUCCGCCGCUUAUGGGCAAUUACAAAGGCUAAACCGGGUUCAAGACGAGAACUCGAAGGUGUCGGCCGAAACUGAGAAAUCCUUGGUGGCGGCUUGGGAACCCAAAUCCUCCCGCAUGUUGAAGCUUUGGUUGCAUGAUGGCAUGCAUUUGGUCCAGGCUCUUGAGCAUGAAAAGGUUGCCCAAAUUCCGGACCAGGUGGCCCCUGGGCUCAAACUAACCCUCCAAGGACCCAUUGCGGUGCGCAGGGGCUUGUUAUUUCUCGAACCCAAGAUGGUCCAGGUCCAUGGAGGAUUGGUUGAAGAGAUGGCGGCGGAUCAUGCCCCACUGAGGGCCUUAAUGCAAGUCUUGGAGAGCGGUCUCGUCCCAGAAGAGUUACAAACCCAGGUGAGAACCCACUCUACACAAGUAUUUCAGCCCCGAAAUCGUAGUAUUCAAUUGAAACCCGGGGGAUCGUUGUCAACUCAAAGCCAUCGGAGGACCCCGGGCACCCAAAAUACGUUCAAUCGAACCACCCAGGUUCAGUCCAGCGUGGAAUCCAUUCAUUGGAACGUGACGGAUGAUCCCUUCGGCGACGAUGACGGCAUGGACGAUUUCUUGACCACCGUUGAAAUCCCGGACUUCUUUGAUGACGACGAAGGCGACCAUUUUUUAUCUACCCUAAAUGUUUCUAGUCACGCCCCUCCAGCUUCAACCUCAUCUAGUAGUCGGGCUAAUCGGGCGGCCAGAGGGGGCAAGCGGAAUAGCCGAGGCACUCGCGGCUCAUCCCGUGGAGGUAAGAGGUCAAAAAACUGA